AGUCUCGUUCAAUAUGGCAGCUUCCAUGAAACAACAAUUGUCCACUCUCUUGAACGCUGGAGGAGCUCCAAAAGAUCUAACAGAGAAGUACCGGAAAAUCCUCAAUGAUAUCCUACAGCUCGGUGAAGAUGAUCUCGUGAAUGGAUUGCAGUUUUUCAUUGAAACAAUGGUGAAGGAGAGUGUGAGUCUGGUCAUCUCCAGGCAGCUCCUCUUGGAGGUGUGUAACCAGCUCCCUCAGCUCCCUGAUCCAGUCUCACAAAGGGUCUCUCACUUCCUCCUGGAGAAGGUCCAUCCCAGAGCAGUCUCCUUCGAAGAACAGAUGGGUAGUGUAAGGCAGCAUCUUUCAUCCAUCUAUGAAAAAGAGCAGAACUGGAGGGAAGCAGCCAGAAUUCUUGUUGGAAUUCCUCUUGAAACAGGACAAAAGCAGUACCAGGUUGAUUACAAGCUUGAGACGUACCUGAAGAUAGCCAGACUGUAUCUAGAGGACGAUGACCCUGUCGAGGCGGAGGUCUACAUCAAGAGGGCCUCUAUGCUCCAGGCGGAAUCCAAAAGCGAACAACUUCACAUACAUUAUAAGGUAUGUUAUGCGAGGAUGCUGGAUUACAAACGGAAGUUCAUCGAGGCAGCACAGCGAUACAAUGAGCUGUCCUAUCGUACUAUCAUAGCAGAUGAGGAGCGAAUGGAAUCUCUCAGACAUGCAUUGCACUGUACUAUCCUAGCAUCAGCAGGUCAACAGAGGUCAAGGAUGUUGGCCACUCUCUUCAAGGAUGAGCGAUGCCAGCAGCUACCAUCCUAUGGCAUCCUGGAGAAGAUGUACCUGGACCGCAUCAUCAGGGGCGAUCAGCUCCAGGAGUUUGCCUCCAGGCUCCAAGAACACCAAAAGGCCACCACUGCUGAUGGUUCAAGUAUACUUGACCGUGCAGUCAUAGAACACAACUUGCUCUCAGCCAGUAAGCUAUAUAACAACAUAACCUUUGAAGAACUUGGAGCUCUCUUGGAGAUUCCUCCACCCAAGGCUGAAAAGAUUGCUUCGCAGAUGAUAUCAGAGGGACGAAUGAAUGGAUACAUAGACCAGAUUGACAGCAUUGUUCACUUCGAAUCAACGGACAUCCUUCCACAGUGGGAUAAACAGAUCCAGAGCUUAUGUUUCCAAGUCAACAACAUCAUCGAGAAGAUAGUCGGAGCAGUGCCCGAGUGGGCAGCGUCCAUCUCGGACAACCAGAUGCAAUGAGUGUAUAAACACAUUGGGUGGUAUUCUCGAAAGCGGACUAACUUUAGUCCAUGGUUUAAUCCACGGACUAAGUAUGGAAUG